AUGAGAGUACUCGCAUGCCAAAGCUCUGUUUCGGUUCAGCGGAUCCGAAAAACCGGUAUCAAGGAUAUUGUAGCUCGCCGUCUUUGCGGCAACUUGCGAGUUGCGCCGCUUUGUUUACUAUGGAGUCAAAGAGAUGAAGGAAAAUCCGUUCAGCAUCAUCCAGCUUAUUCAAGGACCCGAGCGAUGGUGAAUUGUGGCCACAUUCAUAUGCUUACUUUUGAGACACUCAGCUGUCAACCACCUAUCAUCGCCGACAUGUCGCCUUGGCGGGCACAUCAAGGAUGUUCUGAGGAACGUCUUGUCUUUCAGCCACGCCACGCGGCUCGUUUGCCCCAGUGCCAUGGACAGGGAAAGAGAGGGAAACUUGGUGAGCCACUACCACGAGGUCAAGCCAUUACAUCCACAACGACCCAUCAAUUCAAGGUGCUCUGGGCCAGCGAAACAGGACACCACGUCAAACGGCCUAUCAAUGAAACAUGGAAGAAUGAGCUUCUUAGUUCAGCACGGGAAAUUUAA